AAUAAAGCAGCGCAACUUCGACGUGAGCCAUGUGCUACCGCCGUUUCCUUACAAUUUUUCUCAUCAUGCCUCUUUUUUUGAGAACGGCAUCGAAGGUGGCCAACAGCAAGGCUAGCUUGGAAGAGUUAUCCAAAACAGCAGCGCCUAAUGCGCUGCGUGAUGCUGAAUUUAAAAAACUUCCGGCCGAAGCGCCAAAGCCUAUACAAUAUCCAUUUGUAGCAUCCAUUCAGAUGGUGGAGAAUGGAAGGUACCAGCACCUUUGCGGCGGCGCCAUUCUGGAUAACGAAUUUGUGUUAACGGCAGCCCACUGUAAUUUGAAGCCUCGCCUACUGCUUGCCAAAGAUUUACUUGUGGCCGCUGGCUCAAAUCUGUUGUUCGAUACGAAAGCCCAACGUUUUCGUGUACGGGCCAUUAAAAAGCAUCCGGAGUUCAAGCCGCUUUAUGGUCAUGAUAUUCUACUGCUGCAGUUGGCAUCUCCAAUACCUAUCGAUAACAUUCGAUUUGCUGCUAUCGACUUUAAAAAUUCCACCAGCAGAAAGGACGGCAAUUUGAAUUCAAUUCUACUCGGCUGGGGCCGCACAACGCCCAACCUGCCCAAGCAACUAGAAGUUGUGCCUUUUCGUACCAUUUCCGAUGAAAUGUGUGUUCUUAAAUAUAAAUUUAAAUAUUUAACACGUUCGGAAAUUUGUGCCGUGAACACAAAUGGACCUCGUGGAGCCUGUGAUGGUGACUCGGGUGGACCUCUAGUGGAUGCGACGCAACAUACGGUAUAUGGCCUGCUCUCAUACGGUCGUAAGCCAUGCGAGACGGGCAAACCCUUUGCCUUUACACGAAUCAGCAUCUAUGUCAACUGGCUUGAGGAACAAAUAAGAUCAAUGAGAAAACUGAAUAAUACGAAUGAUUUAGGAUAGAUAUAACAAGUAAGAGGUUCUAGUCGGGAGCUCCCGACUAGGGAAUACCCUGAACCCUCCUAUUCCAACACUAAAUAAAUUCAAAAAAAUGUUCCCUUGGCAUGGUUCGAACCCGCAAA